UUCUGUCUCUGUCUCUGUCUCUGCUUUGCCGAAAGCAAUAAUUAGGUUUGGGGGAAGUGCGAGCCGCCUCAUAGACGGCGCACCGAGAGCGGCGGAGGCGGCAAAUUCGCUGCUGGUCCGCGCCUUUUCUGUAAUCACGCACCCGAAUCUGCUUUCCUUUUCGUCUCGACCGAUCGAUGGACAUUACAGGCGGAGGGGGACCGCCAAUAGAGGCCUCGACGCGGGUGGUGGAACCCAGUCCCAGCUUCUUCAUCUCCUCCUCCCCCGCCUCUUCAGCCACCACCACCAUCACCUCGUCCUUUGCCUCAUCCGAUAUAUCUGCGGACGAGGGAGAUUCGGAGACCUCGUUGCUGUUACAUCGCGGCAGAGAGGAGGAGGACGCAAUGACGGAGAUGAAGUUGCACGUCGGGCACGGGAAUGACGGCGACGGCGACGCCGACUCGAACUCUAAGAUUGAUGCCUCCGACGACACCGCUCACCAGAUCAGCAGCGAUCCUUGGUACCAGGUUGGUUUUGUGCUCACAACCGGGGUGAACAGUGCCUAUGUCUUAGGCUAUUCUGGAUCUGCCAUGGUUCCAUUGGGUUGGGUCAUCGGCACAACUGGGUUUAUUUUGGCAGCUGCUAUAUCCCUCUAUGCUAAUGUUCUUAUAGCCCGCCUCCAUGAAGUUGGUGGAAAACGGCAUAUCAGAUACAGAGACCUUGCUGGGCAUAUAUAUGGAAGGAAAAUGUAUUCUCUUACAUGGGCAUUGCAAUAUGUUAAUCUGUUCAUGAUUAACACUGGAUAUAUCAUUCUGGCUGGGCAAGCAUUAAAGGCCACAUAUGUCCUCUAUAGGGAUGAUGGUGUCUUGAAGCUUCCCUACUGUAUAGCAAUUGCUGGGUUUGUUUGUGCACUAUUUGCUUUUGGCAUACCUCAUUUAUCAGCCCUGAGAAUUUGGCUGGGCUUCUCAACAUUUUUGAGCCUGAUAUACAUCAUUACAGCAUUCGUGCUGUCUCUCAAAGAUGGACUUAGUACUCCCGCUCGAGAUUAUAGCAUUCCAGGUUCUAAUGCUAGCAAAGUUUUCAGUACCAUUGGUGCUGCUGCCACUCUUGUUUUUUCUUACAAUACAGGGAUGUUGCCAGAGAUUCAGGCAACAGUGAAACCCCCUGUCAUCAGAAAUAUGGAGAAAGCACUUUGGUUUCAGUUUGUAAUAGGUGGCUUGCCGUUGUAUGCUGUUACUUUCGUUGGUUAUUGGGCUUAUGGCUCUUCAACAUCAACCUAUUUACUAAAUAGUGUCAAUGGUCCAAUUUGGGUGAAGUCAGUUGCUAACAUUGCGGCCUUUUUUCAGACAGUCGUCGCCUUACAUAUAUUUGCGAGUCCGAUGUAUGAAUACUUGGACACGAAGUAUGGAAGAGGUCAAGGGAGUCCCUUUUCCUUUUACAACGUUUCAUUCAGAGUUGUUGUGAGAGGAGGCUACCUCACAAUAAACACCCUUGUAGCAGCUCUGCUUCCAUUUCUUGGAGACUUUAUGAGCCUCACAGGGGCUCUCAGUACAUUUCCGCUUACAUUUGUUCUUGCAAAUCACAUGUACUUGAAGGUGAAAAAGAACAAGCUUUCCGCACCACAGAAGGCGUGGCAUUGGCUGAACGUUGUUGGUUUCAGUUGCUUGUCUAUGGCUGCUGCAAUCGCAGCUCUAAGGCUCAUCGUUGUUGAUUCGAAUACUUAUCAUCUCUUUGCAGACCUAUGAUCUUUUGUCUUGUCCUUUUGCCUUUUCCUUUCUAUUCGCGAAAUGUAAAUAAACUGUGUCAGGUUCCUCAAGUUUAUAGUUCCAGCUGAACGUGCAAGUUGAAUAAACUAGAUUUGUUUAGAGUAUUGUGUUCAUAA